GCCGUCUUCUUCUUCGCAGCGACAUCUCCUCAGCUCCGGCAAAUAAAAGCCUCCAGCGAUACCAUCGAUAAAAUCCUCCGGCGACAUCUCAUCAGCGAACAAAUCCCUUCUUCGCAGCGGCAUCUCCAACUCCGGCAAAGACCCAAUUUCGGAGUCUGCUUUUUGUUUGUGAGCUGUGCCCGCCAUUGUGGAUGCGUUUGCUUAUGCAGCCUCACUAGCUUGUUUGACGGCCUAAGCACAAUCUCAUUCUCGUUCCUACAAUAGCAUUUCCAACAAGGGUGAAGACUCCAUAAGUAUUUCCAGAGGCGAAAGAGCGGGUGAGUUGAUGACAUACAUGGCGGCUGAGGAGGAUGAAGGGCCGCCCCGAAUCGAACCCACCAGUUUUGAUCUAAUUGUGGUGGGCACCGGACUUCCGGAGUCCAUCAUCGCCGCCGCUGCAGCUUCAGCCGGAAAGACCGUACUUCAAAUCAAUCCUGACCCUUACUACCAUAGCCCCUUCGCUUCCCUUUCACCCAAAGACCUCAUCUCUUUCCUCCAUCUCCAUUCUGCUACCACUUCUGAUCAUGAUUAUACUGAUUUUCGUACGGUCGAUUCACCAACCGACCAAACAACCGACUCCUCAUUCAACAUUCUGCCCCUCAGCACUCGCCCUCUCUACUCUUCCGUGGAGGUCCACGUGUACUCCCCUGAAAAAGUUUUGGAUGAUUCACUGCAAAAAGAAUUUAACCUUGAUUUAGCGGGGCCUAGGGUUCUAUUCUGCGCGGAUCCCAUGGUGGAUUUGAUUGUGGAUGUGGAUGUUCAGAACUGCAUGAGUUUCAUGAGCGUGGACACCAGCUAUUGUAUUUAUGAUGAAUGCCGAAAAGGCAAAGGUGGGGGGCUUUUGUGGAAUAGUGUGCCGGGUUCACGUAACGCCAUAUUCAGAGAUAGAAGCUUGAGCUUGAAGGAGAAGAAUCAGUUAAUGAGGUUCUUCAAGCUGCUUCAGGCCCAUUAUCAUUCCAAUUCUAAAUCUAGUACCAUGACUAGUAACGAGGAGGACGACGAAAAUAAUAGUAGCAUGAAAAUCACCCCAGAGGAUUUAGAGACUCCAUUUGUGGAGUUUUUGACUUGCAAAAUUCGCUUGUCUCCCAAGCUAACAUCGAUCAUUUUAUAUGCGAUUACGAUGGCAGAUUAUGAACAGGACAAUGUGGAAGCUUGCAAAAAGGACAUUGUCAAGACAAAAGUGGGGAUUGAUCGUUUAAUGCUUUAUCAUAAAUCCGUCGGCAGGUUCCGUGGUGCAACUGGUGCUAUGCUAUAUCCUAUUUAUGGACAAGGAGAACUGGCACAUUUCUUUUGCCGUCGUGCUGCUAUCAUGGGUGGCAUUUCGAUUACUCAAAUGCCUGUGGUUGGUCUGCUUGUUGACAAGGAUGUUGGGAAUUAUAAGGGUGUUAAGCUGGUUACGGGACAAGAAUUAUUCAGCCAUCAUCUUAUCCUUGCCCCCACAUUUGUGAUCCCACCAGGGUUGACUACUCCCUCAGUUUCUCCACAAGAUGUUUAUUAUGAUUUUGUCCAACAAGAUGCCAGAGAGAAGGUGGUCAGGGGAAUUUGCAUCACAGAUAAUUCCUUUAAACCGGAUGUAGCAAAUUGUCUGGUGUUCUAUACCCCUAAAUCUUUAUGCCCUGACCAGAUGACAUCAGUCCGCAUCUUCCAAUUGAGCAGUAAUGUGCGGGCUUGUCCCUCUGGCAUGUUCGUCGUCUAUCUAUCAACUAUAUGUGGCGAUGUUGUUCAAGGGAAGAGAUCAAUAAAUGCAGCAAUAGAAGCUUUGUUUUCAACUUCUGUUUCUGGUAACUCAGAGGAUAAUUCUAGGGAUCCUCUGAGGGAGAAUACAGUUGUGAAAGUGAAACCGACUUUACUUUGGAGCACUCUGUACAUACAAGAGCUAAUUAUGGGUGGAUUUGAUUGUGUCAGUUCAACCCCUAUGCCUGAUGGGAAUCUGCAAUAUAGCCAUGUUGUAGAUGCAGCAUUAAAGCUGUUUCAGAAGAUGUAUCCAGAUGAUGAAUUCUUCCCGAAGAAAAUGCCAUGGUGGAAUGAGGUCGUAGAGAAUGGUGCAUGCUUGUCUGAGGGUUAAAACUCCUGACAUCUUUAAGCUGAAAGUGCUGGGAUUUUGAAUAAUUCUCUGUUUUUGUCAUAUAGGAUAUAGAUGCUAGUAUGCUGCUACUAAGUUAAGGGGCGGUUUUGAUAAAUUUUGUGCUUCAUGCAUAUUUUGCUAGAAACCAAUUGAGACACAUCGUUGAAACUGCGAAGAAAUCUUGUGAUAGUAUGAAUAUGAGUGGCAGGUAUACUUGGGGAGAAAUCCUUCUGUAUCAACUUUUAUUCAUCACAAGCUUUUUUUUUU